AUGGCAAGUUGUGGAGGCUGCGGUCCCGGCUACGCAUCUCCAGCGGAAGCCACGAAGGCGCCUCGGGAGAAAGUAGGCUCAUCUUUUUCUUUUCGUAGCUAAAUCUGCGAGAGCGGUGCAUUUUAAAACUUUGAGGUGCUGUUGGUGACGGCUCCCCACGCUCAAGAAGGCCACGACGCUAUUUUUAGUAUCGAUGUCGAUCCAGAAAGCGAAACAUACACUAAGGCUCAGGCAUUUUCUUAUAAAGUUGGAAUUUUUGAAGUUCAGGUUAUUUCAAGAGUCGACUUGCCAAACAUCGGAGACGAGGUCCAUCACACGGGCUGGAACGCUUGCUCAUCGUGUCAUGAAGAUUCGAAGUCCAGCAGGUGACUAUGAGAAAAUUAUCUCUAAAUUGUUUUUUUCCUUGACCUCAUCAGGUCUCACUUGAUUGUCCCAUGCCUAAAUUCGGACCGAAUUUACAUCAUCGACGCGAGAGAUGUGAAGAAUCUACGACUUGAGAAGGUAAUUUUUUGAGUUGUAUGAUCUUAAAGCCUAGUUUUCCUUUGGAAUCUUUAGACAAUCGAAUCGGAAGAUCUCAAAAAGCACGACGUCUCGUUUCCACACACUUCUCAUUGCCUCGCAGACAAAAACUGCAUGAUCAGCACGUUGGGAAAUGGCGAAGGGGAAGGGAAAGGUUAGCACCAGAUUUUAAAAACUGUGGUCGCAUUUGGAAUGACUUUAAGCGACGCGGUCGUGAUGCGAUUAACCGUAUUUUCAAUAGAAUUGAUUUGAUCUUUCAUCUGAUUCGUUUUCCAGCAAUCUCUAAGAGCUAAGCCAUUCUACGUGCGGACAAGACUUAUUGAAUUAUAAUUAAUGGAUUACAGGUGAUUUCAUUCUUCUGGACAGCGAGACGUUUUCAGUGAAAGGAAAAUGGUCAAAUGAUGAGUCACCGUUGCCGCUCAACUACGAUUUUUGGUUUAAUAUCAGAUUCUAAAUAUAAAAUGUGUGAAGUUCAGGUACCAACCCCGAUGCGACGUGAUGAUCUCUACAGAAUGGGGCGUUCCCAAUCUGAUCAAAAAAGGCUUUGAUCUCGCCGACGUCGCCAACGGUUUAGACUUUCUUCCUAGUGGAAAACAUUUGAUUUUCUGAAGGAACCUACGGAAAUUCUAUCCAAAUCUUCCAAUGGAGCACGAGGAAACGUAUCCAGACGAUAGACCUACCACUUCCCAACGGACACAUGCCUUUGGAAAUCAGGUUUUAUCUAUUUUUGUUCUGUUUGAAGCUAGGAAAUUUCAGGUUUCUUCACGAACCGAGUGAAGAACAUGCAUUUGUCGGCUGCGCGCUUGGUUCUACAGUUUAUCAUAUUCAAAAGGAAAAAGUGAGAUCUUUUAAAACUAAACCGCUUUGAUUUUGAAACGUUUGGUCGCACGAGGAUUGGCUCUUAAUGAUGCGUCCGACUCGAAACUACUUGCGCGCGUUGCCAUCUGAUUCAAUUGAAGAGAGUUGUUAGAUUCUAAGUUUCUUGCAAAUUAACUUCGAACCGCGACCGCGUCGCUUUGAGCCAUUCCAAACCCAAAAAAGCCAUUUCAAAUGGAAAUAAGUUCAUGUUUCAGAACACCAAGGAAAAGUACGAAGCGACGGAAGUCAUUGCAGUACCCAGCAAAAAGGUGAUUUCUUCAAUAAGAAAACUUCGUCAAAGAUGAAUUUUCAGGUGAAUGGCUGGAUUCUCGACCAAAUGCCGGCUCUCAUAACGGACAUUCUCAUCUCGAUGAAUGACCGAUUCCUUUUCUUCGCUUGCUGGCUCCAUGGCGACGUUCGCCAGUACGAUAUUUCCGAUCCAGAAAACCCAAGGCUCGUCGGCCAAGUUUUAACAAACCAUUUCAAGAAGAAAAACUUUUUUCCAAGGUCUACAUUGGCGGAGCGAUCCACGAUGAGAGCGGGGUGACUGUAGAGGGUGAAGAUCAAGUUAAAGCCUUGUACGUGAAGGGAACGAAGGUCGAAGGAGGCCCUCAGAUGCUCCAGCUCUCUCUCGACUCUCGACGUCUGUACGUCACCACCUCGCUGUACAAGAAAUGGGACGCUCAGUUUUAUCCCGGUCUUUUGAAGUGAGAUUUUUUGUUUUCAUUUCACCCAAGCAAAAAGGAAGUUCUUAGUUUUCCAUAUUGUUUUGCUUAUCCUAAACUUCGUCUAGAUUCAACUCUCAGCUCAAAAAAUAAGAAAAAAUACCAGUUUAUUCCAGGAAAGGUGCGACGAUGGUUCAAAUCGACGUUGAUCCCAACGGGGGUAUGAAGAUCAACCAAGACUUUCUGGUCGAUUUCGGCGCAAUUGAAGGUUUCGACAACAUUUUUUAGCCUUUCACCUUAUCAAAACCAAUGUUCGCACGUGGAAUGGCUGCAAAAAAUUUACUAAAACGACUCCAACCGCAACGCGACCGCGACGCUCAGAGCCAUUCCACAUGCGACCGCGCUUUCUGAGUCGAAGCUUCAGAACUAUUGAAAAAAUGUUCAGGUGGUCCAUAUUUGGCACACGAGAUGCGUUAUCCGGGCGGAGACUGCACUUCAGACAUUUGGGUUUAA